UGAGAUCCUCUUGGCUUCUAUCACUUUUUCAUUGGUGAGAUUCUUACUGAGAGAAGGGAGGGAGAGUUCUAUUUAGAAUUAAUUUAGAUCCUGAAUUAAUUCAAACAGGUUUCGAUCAUUUGGUAACAGAGUGCUCGUUACUCGAUCCUGAUGGCGAUUACCCGUUCAAACGCUGCCCACGGUGAGGACGGUGGAUCCAACAAGCAAUCAGCACACGAAGUUACUCCCCAGAACAACACUCUAGCACAAAUCGCUGCCAAGCUUUCUGUGUUAGAUGACCUUAAGGCAAAAGUGACUGCCCCUGAAAGUGCAGGCUAGAAGUAAUUCUGGGAAGGCAAAGAUGAGGCAGUAUACGGACGAUUCUGGCGAUGAAAACGAUCACCACCGCCGGUUUCCCAAAUCCAAAGUUGAGUUCCCUAAAUUCAGCGGCGAAGAUCCACAGGGCUGGGUGUUGAAGGCUGAAAAGUACUUUCGUUACUAUGGAACAUCAGAAGAAGAUAAGGUUGAGAUAGCGGCCAUGCACCUGGAACGUGACACUCUUGACUUGUUCUCUUGGAUCAGUGCCGAAAGGACGCUCUUGUACUAGGAGGAAUUCAUCAAAUUCAUUUAGGAGCAUUAUGGACCGCCAGAAUACUUGAACCCAGACGAACACCUUAUCUUAAUUAAACAAACAGGCUCCGUACAGGACUAUCGUCAAGAGUGGGCGAGAAGGGUUGCUCAAGUCCGAAACUGGCCUGACCAUUGUCUCUUGGGUGUCUUUAUUGCUGGUUUGAGAGAGGAUUUGAGGUCGGAGGUCAGAAUCCACAAACCCAAAUCUGUGUUCAGGGCUUCUAGUCUAGCCCUUGAGUUUGAGAAACGGAAUGCACCAGUGCAUUUCAAGACAAGUUCUAUGGGAUCAAGUCGGGGUUCUGGUUCCGAUUCUACCAUUGACCCAAACUGAGAGUUUAAAAACUUGUCCCAAUCUCACUCGCCCUAACCACUUGCAUUCUCAGGAUCUUCAAGCUCAACACCAACCUUGCCCGUUUUGAGAUUUAGUAGGGACGAGUCGAUGAAGUAGCAACGUAGGGAUAAAGGACUUUGCUAUCGGUGUGGCGAUCCCUUUAGGCCAGGUCACUGUUGUUCGACUUCAUCCAUUACCUUCUCCUUGAUGGAAGUUGAUGGGGAAGGUAACCCGAUGAAUCCCAAGCAUGUUACCAUUGAUGGGGAGGCAAAAGGGAAGGAAGUGUCCUAUAAUGCAAUUUUGGGAACGCCAACGUCCGCCACAAUGAAAUUAAGUGGAAAAUUACAUGGACAUGAAGUUCUCUUGUUAAUUGAUAGUGGUUCAACACACAACUUCAUCUCUGAAAAACUUGUGGAGCAACUUAAGCUACAUGUUUCCUCUGUUCAGACAUUUGGGGUACAGGUAGGAGACGAUUUUAUUAUUCAGUGUGAUCAGAUUUGCAAGUCCGUUUCAGUUAAGCUUCCAGGUUCGACUCUUACACAAGAUUUUUACCCAUUUCCACUAACUCAUUCUGACAUGGUUCUUGGAAUCAAAUGGUUGGCCUCUCUGAAUACCAUUCAAGCAAACUGGAAUGAAAUGUUUCUGAUUUUUUGGGUUGACGGGAAGCGAUAUAAAUUACAAGGCAUCUCGAAAGUUGAUCAAAGCAGUAGAUUAAAUUCAAUGGUGUGUCGUGAGCUGCAGUUAGGAGUUGAGGAACAAUCUCCUUUGAACCUCAACGACUUAAUGCAACACCAACAUCUUGACUUCCACCUUGAGGACAAGGUGUCUUUCAGAGAGGGGAGUAAUGAUAAGAUCCGGAUCAGUAGGCCACCUUAAUUAUAUUAUUAUGUGUGGUUUAAUUAAGUUUGUUACUCCCUCUGUCCCAAUUUAAAUUGCAUGUUUGUCUUUUUUCUCCGUCCCAAAAUAAGUUGCCUGUUAGUUGUUAUCGUAAACUUUUAAAAAUAAAAUACGUAAACUACCCCUAAAAUAAGUCACCCUUCUUCACCUUAUCUUCUAAUUCAUAGUCACCCCUUCUAAAAAGUAAUGUCAAUUUCGAAAAAUCAAUUCUAUUUUUUCUUUUCCUUAAAUAUGCUCAAAAGUCAAAACAGGCGAUUUAAAACGGGACGGAGGGAGUACUAUUUUAUAUUUAUUAAAUAAAAGGACUCUCAAGUUAUUAGGAUUCCUGAGGCCCUAAGAUAGCUUAGCUAGUUAGAACUUAU